AUGCCUCUACACUCUCAAUCCUCUCGUUUCUGGACUUGUUCCAUUGCCGACUGCAGCAAACCAGCAGUAAUUGACACUGGCCACUGUGAACGCUGCCAGUCGCACUUCUGCGUCCAGCACCGAGAGUCAGCCCAGCAUACUUGCAAACAGGAACCUCUUGACGACGCAGCCUGGGACGAAGCACAGACCAAAGAGCUCGAAUCGCUCCGUGGAAAUGUCAAUGACAACCAGCUCUUGGAACUUGCUUCGAGGCUCAGAGGGGGCAUUGGGUGUGCCUUUGAUAGCUCGGAUCAUCUAGGACGCUCUCGCAUGGGGGGGAUGCAUAUCCACCUCCGCAUCGUCUUUGUUGAUGGUACUGUCUGGCUGGCACGAAUCCCCCGUGUGAACUCAACAUCGUUUGCAGACCACCUCCGCAACCAGAUUCUCGAGAGUGAAUGUGCCACUCUCAAGUGGCUCGAAAAAGUUCGCAUUACUGCACCAAGACUUCACCACUAUGGCCGUCAGAAUGAUGAGCUAAACCGUGUUGGCGUUGCAUAUAUGCUCAUUGAUGAGCUUCCCGGCAAGCCUCUAACCCAACUGCAACCGUCGGAGCAAGAAAAUCGCGGAGUCUAUGCAGGCUUAGCAGAAAUUCUCAGCACGCUGAGCAGUCACCCCUUUGAACAGAUCGGAUCUCUUGCAUUCGAUUCUCAUGGCUCAAUUCACGUUGGGACAGUUGCUGGUGAUCGAACGGGGACACUGUCUCCCAUCGGGCCCUUUUCCGGCGCCACCCAAUAUUACUCGAAAUGGGCUGAAGAAUACCUGAGAUUGAUUUCCGAUCACCAGCUCUUCACAAACUAUCCUGUCAAUGCCUAUCUAAUUUUUAGGUAUCUGCAUAACCUAGCCAUUGAAGGGAAGUUCAAUGUCAUUGACAGCUCCCUCGACCUUGGGCCAUUCUAUCUCAAACACAUGGAUGACAAAGGAGACCAUAUUCUCGUGGACGACAAAUUUAAUAUUACUGGCAUUAUUGAUUGGAGCUUUGCUAGAAUUGUGCCCGCUUAUGAGGCAUUUGGCCCUUCACUUGUCACGGCAGAAAUGAGUGAUAUAUACGAUGGCAAUGCGUUACGAGCCAACGGGAGUCACUUGACGCGUUUUGCGGAUUCUACAGGCAGGGUCCGCCGUCUAACAUUUGGUAUGAAUAUGACCUGGGCAGAAGCGCUUCUCCUAUUCAAGGGUAUUAUUACGGAAUCCUGUGGUAGUACCGAUGAUUUCGAGUGGGAAACUUGGCGUAGAGAUCGACUGGUUGAAUGGGCCGAUGAUGGGAGGCUUCUCGAUGAUGAAGCCUGGGGGAAGACAAUCACCGAUGAGAUUACAGGGCUAUUGGCAAAAAUCAACGUUCAAGCACUUCGAGAAGUAGCAACUUCACUUAAUACCGGCAAAGGUUGUACUUUUACGCCUGGACAGUACAUAGGAUCAGGUGCAAUCAUGGGGUGUGCGAACUACCAUGCCUGGUUAACUUUCAAUGAUGGUGAGAAGUGGAUCGUCCGAAUUCCAAGGGUACCAUUCAGCGAUAUUCCUUCGAAGUUGAUAGAGUACCUGGUGGCUAGCGAAUAUGCCACUCUGAAGUUCCUCGAGAUAACCAAGAUACCUGCUGCAAAAGUCUUCGGAUACGGUCUCGCUUCUGACCCCAAUAAUCUAGUGGGCGUUAGCUAUUUGUUCAUGGAAGCAAUACCUGGGACGCCGUAUCAAGCCCUCGAUGCCAAUCCGGAACAAAGAGAGCACGUACUGUCACAAGUUGCGGACAUCUUGAUUGAAAUUAGCAAACACCCCUUCCAGACAUCGGGGUCCCUCCUCCUCGAUGAUGGAAAGCUGGUUAUGUCCGACGUUGCUAGCGAUCGCUUCGUGAGUCUAGGUCAAUACGGACCAUACGAUACCGCGCUCGACUACUUCACAAGUAUAGCAGAACAACACCUUGAUAUUAUUGCUGACGGACAGGAGUAUUUCGAAUAUCCGAAGGAGGCAUACUUGUUUUACCGAAUCCUUCGAGACCAAGCGGCAGCGAAAUUAGCUGCGAGACAGAAGUCAAAUACAUUCUACUUGAAGCAUGUUGAUGACAAAGGGGAUCACAUCCUUAUCGACGAAAACUAUAAUAUCACUGGUAUCAUCGACUGGCAGUUUACUCGCACCGUGCCUGCCUGCGAGGCUUUUGGCCCGUCACUCAUAACAGCCAAUCUCAACAACCUCUGUUCGAAGGAUUGGGGACUUAUGGAUGACGAUAUGUUCUUAGCACGACAGUUAGAAACGAAAGGGAGCGCAGACUUAGCUAGCUAUAUGGGAGCAGACGAGUUGGCAAGGAGAUUUAUGAUGUUCGGGCUUGCGAGUGGACUCUACCACAACGAGGUUUGGGGGUUCUUGAAGGGAUUCUGA